AUGAAAAGUAGGAUUUGGUCAGAGUCUCGAGUCUACACAGACGUAAACAAGAGGAAGCCCGCUGAAUAUUGGGAUUAUGAGAAUACAACCGUGGAAUGGUCUACAAAUAAUAAGGACUAUGAAAUAGAAGUUAAAGUGGGGCGUGGGAAAUAUUCAGAAGUAUUUCAAGGUGUUAAGUUAAAUGACAGGUCACCCAUCGUGAUAAAAAUGUUGAAACCAGUAAAGAAGAAGAAGAUUAAAAGAGAAAUUUCCAUCUUGACAAAUUUAUCUAAUGAAAAGACCCCACCAACUACCUUACCAUUUGAUGUUGAUUUAUAUUAUACCAAUAAGAAAGAAUCAGUGUUGAAAUUCAAAGCAGAUUAUCUAUACGAUUUACCUCAUGAUGGUCAUAAGAAUAUUAUUCAAUUAUUUGACAUAAUCAAAGAUCCAAUUUCUAAAACACCUGCUUUAGUGUUCGAACAUGUUGAUAACAUCGACUUCCGUGUACUUUAUCCAAAGUUAACAGAUAUGGAUAUUAGGUAUUAUAUGUUUGAAUUACUAAAGGCAUUAGACUAUUGCCAUUCUAUGGGUAUAAUGCACAGAGAUGUCAAACCACACAAUGUGAUGAUUGAUCAUAAGAAUAAGAAAUUAAGGUUAAUUGAUUGGGGUUUGGCAGAAUUCUAUCAUGCUAAUAUGGAAUAUAACGUUCGUGUCGCAUCAAGAUUUUUUAAGGGACCUGAAUUACUAGUGGACUACAGGAUGUAUGAUUAUUCUCUAGAUUUAUGGUCAUUCGGUACUAUGCUUGCAUCCAUGGUUUUCCAAAAAGAGCCAUUCUUUCAUGGAACAAGCAAUACAGAUCAGCUAGUGAAGAUCGUAAGAGUACUGGGCAGUGAAGACUUCGAAAAAUAUUUGACUAAAUAUGAAAUUACAUUACCAAGAGAAUUUCAUGAUAUGGAUCAAUACAUAAGAAGACCAUGGUACAGAUUCAUUAACGACGCCAAUAGACAUUUAUGUGAUAACGAAGAUAUAAUUGAUUUGAUCGAUAAUCUGUUGAAAUAUGAUCACCAGGAAAGACUAACGGCAAAGGAGGCUAUGGGUCAUCCAUGGUUUGAACCUAUUAGAAAUGCUUAA